AUGCAUCCUCAACAACAACAUUCUCAAAUGACAUCAACAGCAACUCUUCAAAUGUCUCCUGGUGCUUCGGUGCCCUUGCCAGUUACUCAUACACCUCACCAUGGACAGCUGGCUUAUUCAAUGGCUUCUGUACCUCCUCCUUUACCUAUGGGUAGUGCAGCAUCAUCUGCUUCCACAACAAGUGCCUAUCAUCAGUCACAUAUACAUUACAGAACAGCUGCAGGAUCCCCACCAUCCAAUGGUGGUCCUACUAUUGCCGCUGGGGCCACUUCUGCCACUACUUCUGGUUCUGCUGCUGGUGUCGGUGUGCCUGCUGGAGGUCCUGUCACAUUUGCUGCUAAUACAGGUAUUGGUAUUCAUCUUGGAAAUGCCGUUAUCGGUGCCACUACUACCGACAUAGGGAAUGUUUCCUUUGAUCUCACAAAUGGCUAUCAACAGUUACAACAACAGCAACAACUACAACAGCUGCAACAACUGAGACACCAGCAACAACUGAGACAACAACAACAACAACAACAGCAUCACCAGCAUCAUCAACAACAAGAUCAGCAACAGCAACAACAAAGGUUGCUCCAAAACCAGUUCCAAUAUACUCCUGUUUCAUUCCAGCUUGCCAACGUUACACAACAAUUCAACAGCUCAAUUAAUGCAAUAGCACCAAGAUCACAACUGCUGAACAUUCAACUGCAACCACUGCAACAACAACAACAGCAGCAGCAGCUGCUGCUGCAUCACCAAUACCCAAACCAGCAACAGCAACUCCAAAAUCAGCACCAACAUCAACAUCAACUUCCACACCAACAUCAACACCAACUUCAAUUUCAACUUCAGCAUCAAUAUCAACAGCUGCCUCUACAACAAGAACUGCCACAUGCACAGCAUGUAAAUACACACCCUAAUCAAUUUCUUGCAGAGCAACCCCACCAUCAACAUCAACAAUCCCAACGGCAACCUCAUCAACAUCCUUUCGAGCAGCAACAUGAUCCAGCCGCUCAUCAAACCCGACAGCAACUGCCGCAAUAUCUGCAACAGCCACAGAAACAUGACCAGCGUCAACAUCAACUGCAGAAACAAUCCCAACAGAGUUUGAACCCACGCCAUAUUACUCAAAUCAACCCCCAAGAUUUAAAUCCACAGCAAAUUAAUCCUCAACAGAUUAACCAGUUCAAUCAUUCAUUAGAGUUAAAUUCCCAACAAAUCAUUCCCCAAAUAAGUGCACUGGAUGUUAGCCCCCAACAAGUGAAUUCUUCUCAAGUUAAAGGUCAACCACAGAAUUCCAAACCUCAACAAGUGAAUGCAAAGCAAAUCAACCCUCAACAGGUUUAUAAUUCUUUACAAGGAGUCUCGUCUCCAAAUUUGGACAUACAACAUGUACAUCUACUGCCACAAUUUCAGAAUGGACACCCUCACCAAUCGCCAUCUAUGCAACAUCAACGGGUGAAGAAAGGCACGCAGACAGGAACGAAAAGAGGAGCAUCCAAGAGUCUGCUGAAGAAGCCACCACAAAAUGAAGUUGCUGCUCAUGAGACUCAAUCCCAAUCAACAUCAUCUGAAGCACAACAAACACCCAAACCAUCGCCUCCAGUUCCUGAAGGAACAAAGAAAAGAGGAAGACCAAAAAAGUAUCUUUUUGAUACAACUUUAAAUAUUUAUAUUGAUUCACUGCAUCCAAACUUUAAGGAAUUGAACAAAAUUGCAAAGAGUGAAGCAGCAGCAGCUUCGGCUAGUAGCAAUAUCGACGGGGGAGGAGAUGGCUUUGAAGGGCUGGUUUCUGGGAAAGGUAAAAAGUCUAAAUCCAACGGAGAUGGGUCGCCUGGUAUGGGAGCUAUUAUUGCCGAUGCUGCACCACAACUUCGUGCUGGAUUGGCCCGUUUAUGUGAUCAACCUCCGUAUUUACGGUCACUUGAAGAUGAUGCUGUGAAACAAUUAAUUCAAAAGAAAGACCGUCGUGGUCGCCCUAGAAAGUUCCCAAUUGAGGAAACAGGUAUAACUAUCAAGGGUAUUCGUGUGAAUGGUCGUGGUAGACUGACCAAACAACUGUCAGACCUAACAAAGGAUAUUGAACAUCCAGAAAUAGGUCAUGUUGGUAUGCCAUACAAUUAA